CCUUCAUCGUCUCUCUCAACGUCUGUAAGUUUGUCAGACUUCAGUGACGUGUUUGGAACGUCUGAAAAAUAUAUAAUUCCGGAGGGCGUCUCUUCCAACGACUUGUCGUCUUCUGAUUUUUUCUUGUUCAGUUGUUUGUGGUUGUAACUUUGUACUGACCUACGUCGACUUCUCUCUCCGUUAAAUUUAUAAUUUCAGUUUCUCUCCUUCAAUUCCAUCGUAUCAGAAAAAGAGAGAAAUUUCAAAUCUAUGGGAAAGAAAUCUUCAUCUUCUUCUUCUUCUGUUCUUCUAUCGAACUCUAAGAACAAGAAUGUUUGGAUUCGCUCCAAUCGAUUUGUUCUUCUCAUCAUCGGAUUCGUCCUUCUCACUUGCUUCUUUUUGGACCGCCAAUCGCUAGCUCGAGAUCACCAGGUGGAGGUUUCGAUAUUGAAUGAAGAAUUGUCAGACUUACGUAGUCAGCUUGAGGAUUUAACAACCCAACUCAAAGAUUCAGGGAUAGACAUUCCCAUUAGUGAUACAAAGAGGAAGAUGAAGGAAGAGGAGGAGGAUGAUCCUAUUAGUGUUGAACGAAGAGAGAAAGUGAAAGAGGCUAUGCUUCAUGCUUGGACUUGCUAUGAGAAGUAUGCAUGGGGUCACGAUGAACUCCAGCCACAAACACGGAAUGGUAUUGACAGCUUUGGUGGUCUUGGUGCAACUUUGGUAGAUUCUCUUGACACAUUAUUCAUAAUGGGUCUUCAUGAACAGUUUCAAAGAGCUAGAGAUUGGAUUGCAAACUCAUUGGACUUCAACAAGAAUUACGAUGCUAGUGUCUUUGAGACAAGCAUAAGAGUUGUAGGAGGGCUUCUUAGUGCAUAUGACCUCUCUGGUGACAAAAUUUUUCUCGAUAAGGCUAGAGAUAUUGCAGACAGGCUGCUGCCUGCGUGGAAUACACCUUCAGGAAUUCCUUAUAACACAAUUAACUUAGCUCAGGGGAAUCCACACAACCCUGGGUGGACAGGGGGAAAUAGUAUCCUGGCAGAUUCUGCAACAGAGCAGCUUGAAUUUAUUGCCUUAUCUCAAAGGACAAAAGAGCCCAAGUACCAGCAGAAGGUGGAGAAUGUCAUCAGAGAGCUUCACAAAAACUUUCCUGCUGAUGGUUUGCUUCCCAUAUAUAUUAAUCCUCACACUGGAAUGUCUACACACUCGGUGAUUACUUUUGGUGCCAUGGGUGAUAGCUUCUAUGAGUAUUUACUCAAGGUUUGGAUACAAGGGAACAAAACAGAAGCCGUAAAGCAUUACAGAGAAAUGUGGGAGACAUCAAUGAAAGGUCUGCAAAGCUUGGUUCGAAGAACAGCACCAUCAUCCUUUGCAUACAUAUGUGAGAAGAAUGGAAAUAGGAUCUCUGACAAGAUGGAUGAAUUGGCCUGUUUUGCCCCUGGCAUGUUGGCUUUAGGGUCUUUUGGUUAUGACACUGGAGAAGCUUCAAAAAUGUUAUCACUUGCAGAAGAGCUUGCAUGGACUUGUUAUAACUUCUACCAGUCGACAACUACAAAAUUAGCUGGAGAAAACUAUUUCUUUCAUGCUGGACAGGACAUGACUGUUGGGACCUCAUGGAACAUUUUGAGACCUGAGACUGUUGAGUCCCUCUUUUACCUGUGGCGUUUUACUGGCAACAAGACAUAUCAGGAAUGGGGUUGGAAUAUUUUCCAAGCAUUUGAAAGGAACUCGCGCAUAGAGACAGGAUAUGUUGGACUCAAGGAUGUGAAUACAGGUGUGAAGGACAACAUGAUGCAGAGCUUCUUCCUUGCCGAGACACUUAAAUAUCUCUAUUUGCUGUUUUCACCUUCAUCUGUCAUCUCCCUGGAUGAAUGGGUGUUUAACACCGAAGCCCAUCCCUUGAGAAUUGUGACUCGUGAUGAGAACGUUCAGUUUGAUAGACAACAGGAGUUGCCAACUCGGCUUCGUGGCAGGAAGGAGGGUCGAUCAGGAUAAAAUCAGUUUACAUCCUCUCAAAAUUUCGGGUUAAGCUACGGUGCUUUUCUGAAUGCACGUGGUUUAACCUCAGGAUAAUUCAGGUCUCCCAUCCCAUAAAGAUUGGUGACUGCUAGGAUUCAUAUCGACCUUAUUUAAGCAGCAGGCAGGUCUGAACUCUUGCGGCACCAUUUAAUUCGAACUCAAACUCAAUGAGCAUGUAGUAAUAGAAGUUGAGUAUUACCUUGCAAUGUUUCAAACGAUCAUCGAGCUGUUUUGCAUGAAUAUGGAACUCGGACAAGCAUGUUGUAAUAGCAGUAGCUGAGUAUUACUUGCAAUUUUUUACAUAAACAAGGGUCCGAAUCUGUAACCAAUUUUUCUGCUGCUUAUAAAACCACAAAUAUAUGAAUCUAAUGUUGCAGAUUUGUGCUUUCAA